AUGGCGAACCAAGAGACUCACUAUGGCUUCGACGAAGGCGGAGAUGACGACCAGUCUAUUGUGUCGACGCGCGGACUCGAGGCUUUCAGUCGAAAGGUCACAACCACAGCUACUCAUUUGAUCGGACCCAAUGCCGAAGCCACGGCCCAUCACUACCAAACCGCGAUGGCUGAGGUGCACAAACAAAUGAAGCGGCCGACGGUCCAGCGAAGCAUGUUCGCGAUGGCCAGGACAACCCCAACCGACCUCAUGCGCUCCAGACUUUCAACGCACGAAAUUCAGCAUCGCGCUUUGACAUACCUUCCCGAUGAACUGCUCGCCAAUAUUCCCGAGCAUGACAACCCAUACUCGCUGUUUCAGGGUUUCCAGGCCAGCUUCCCCGAGCUGACUGACGAGGGCAAAAAGUUCCAGCGACGAGUCACCCGCGAGAAGGCCGCCAUGAUGCAUGAGUUUGGGCUGCUGGGCACUCGUAAGAGCAUGGCGAGCUACGAGAUUCGGGAAAUCGAUAACAAAAUAGCUAAUCUCCACGGCAUGCGAAGGAUUAUUCUGGACAGGCUCGCUGGGUUGGAGCAAGAUGAAGCUAUGCUGGAGCACGACAUUUCCGAGAUGGAGAUCCGAGUGGAUGAGGCGCAGGCGCUGGUUGAUGAGGCUGAGGAAAUCGCACGAAACACACGAACCCAGGACGAACAAGAUCUGGUAGGCGAUGCCGAUGAUCACGAUCAAGAGUUCAUGUCCCAGUCAGUUUAUGAUAAGAUCCCCUCCUCAGAAGCAGGCAGCACCCCCCGGAAAACGAAAAAGGUACAUCGUAAGAAGUCAAUGCCCAUUCUGCACGAGCAUUUCGAGCCUGGCACAGCCAUUCGCGAGCUCCGAGCACACAAGGACACUAUUACAGCUAUUGACUUUGACGCCCCCUUCGGGACUAUGGUUACUGCUGCGCUGGACGAUACAGUCCGCGUUUGGGAUCUCAACGCUGGUAGAUGCAUGGGUUAUUUGGAAGGGCACACUGCUUCGGUACGCGCCUUACAGGUUGAGGAUAACAUUCUCGCAACGGGCUCUAUGGAUGCGACCAUUCGACUCUGGGAUCUCAGUAAGGCGCACUACGAUCCUCAUGGCGGCUUGGGAAAAGACGACGAUGAGGAUGCUAUCGCUUUUGGAACGGAUAACCAUCUCGAACCCCCACCUGGUAGCAUGGCUGAUUGCCCUCUGUACACAUUAGAAUCACAUGUCGACGAGAUCACAGCCCUUCACUUCAGGGGCGAUGUUAUGGUUUCCGGUUCUGCAGACAAGACGAUUCGCCAUUGGGAUCUUGAAAAGGGACGUUGCGUGCAAACAUUAGACGUUAUGUGGGCGGCGGCAGCAAGUAUGACGACUACAGACAGCGGGUGGCGACCUACGGGGCGGUCUCAGAGCAGUUCGGCCGACUUCGUGGGUGCAUUGCAGGUCUUUGAGACGGCACUCGCUUGUGGUACCGCAGACGGCAUGGUACGACUUUGGGAUCUUCGAAGCGGCCAGGUCCAUCGCAGUCUAGUUGGUCACACAGGUGCAGUUACAUGUCUCCAAUUUGACGAUGUGCAUCUGGUGACGGGAAGUGUAGAUCGAAGCAUCAGGAUUUGGGACCUUAGAACAGGGUCUAUUUACGACGCAUAUGCUUACGACAAUCCAAUCACAGACAUGAUGUUUGAUGCCCGAAGAAUCGUCAGUGCUGCUGGUGAGGACGUUGUCAAGGUGUACGAUAAGGUAGAGGGACGACAAUGGGAAUGCGGCGCUGGCAUCACGGCCGCUGAAGAGGGUAAGACUCCCGCCAUCGUGGAGCGUGUACGUGUAAGAGAUGGAUAUCUUGUUGAAGGCAGACGAGACGGCGUCGUGGGAGUAUGGACGAGCUAA